GCAUGGCUGUCUCGAGAUCAACUACAGCGUAUCCCGGAUCAAGGAAACGACCAGCAACUGAAGGCCAAUCAAGCGGUGAUUAUGAUCUUCGCAGAUCAUUUGUUGAGGUAAUUUAAUGUCAUAAGUUACACAAUACUGAAUUUCACAAAUGUUUGCCCUUAUGAAUCUAUAAUUUUAAAAUGAUUGCAAGUGGUUACAUGAUUAUUCGCUGUACUCGCCCAAUUUCCAUCUUUUCAAACGUUUCCAAUCAUACAAUAAAAUAAAACCAUCUAUAAAAUCUGAGGUUUAUAUACAAAACAAUUUACGUGGUGUUUCCACAAACGAAAGUAUUAUAUGUUUUAUCGCCAUGCAAACAUACAAAGAACUUAAAACCUAUAUUGUUCACGCUCAAGGGAGUAAUCACUAGAGCCAUGCAGAGACCAUUUUACCGUUGAGAGAAAUAAUUGUUACUUAAUUAUUCUGCCUUUCGUACACCCACCGUCAGACGAUUUAUGAAAAACAUAAUGAAUUAUUUUCUCCAUUUUAUUAGGUUCAAAUUCGUGAUAUUCAAGAAAAAGUCGACUAUCUGAAUGAAGAAUUUUCAGAGAUUACUGUGCAGCUGUUGGACCAAAACAGCCAUGUGGAAGAAUUAGAAACAGAGGCGCUUGCCAAGACUGACGCUCUGAAAGCGCUAGCAGAAGGAUCUGAUGAAUAUACACAUCAACAAGAACUUUUACGUCAGACUGCUGUUACCCUGACAACCAAGAAAAAUUUGGUAGAAUCAUUGGAGUUGAAGAAACGAUCAUGCGUACAACGUUUGGAACUCUUCCGAAAUCAGCUGGAAGAGAAAACUGUGCAACUGGCGCAAUAUGAGCAAGAACAGCGACAGAAGACCGAAACAAAACCCAAAGCAAAGAAAGAUUCUGUUCACAAAAAGUCGAUGCAGGGACGACAAUAGACCAAAACUUAAUUUAACUUUAUAGUAACGUAUUUGCACGCUUUAUUACUAUUAGUUUUCUAAUGAUGUAGUAUUUCAUGUCGCUUUUAAUAACUUAUCUUUAUCUUAUACGCAUUUUAAAUGUAGUUAAAACUGACUGGAUCAGUUUUUGUAGAAUUAACGUAAUUUAUACAAGAUAACAAGUAUUUAUUUGUAUUGUAAACACUUUAUUAUGUAAUUUAUUGAAAGUAACAAAAUAUUAAGCACUAGCGAUAAAAUGUGAAAAUAUUAUAUAUACACAAACUAUAACAGAUAAAUCAACGUUAUUAUUUUCAAGUUGAUUUACAAAUUUGUCCCCUUUCCCUUCAGAAUUUAAUACGUAUGUUUCAAGAAAGAACAUUCGAAAAAUAUUGGAACAUUCAAUUCGGGCCACGCCCCGCUCAGACUUUCAUCAUUCACUGUUGAUAAUACGCAGCUUGGAAAAGUGAUUUUCAUC